UGAUCGGGGGGGGGGGGGGGGGGGGGGGGGGUUGCGAGCGGGACAGUGAUGUUCCAGGCUGAGGUCUAUCACAAAGGUAUUUCAAGGCUGGAGAACUCAAAGGAAGCUCAAUGGAGCAUUGAAAGCCCGCAUGCUGUGGUGGAAUGGCAAAGGCGAGGAGGUAAAGAGCGACCAACAUACCUUGAUCGGCCCAUCCAGCGCCUCCCUAGGAGAGUUUCAACCGCCGGAGAGAUGAAACCACCAAGACACUGCUCAAUUAAUCCCGACACCAAGGGCCAAGACAUGCAACGCUCCCAGUCCAUCACCAAGUAGCAUCAUAUCUCGACCACAACAGCCUCAUGCCUCAACUCAUUCUCCCUUCCCCCAACAACAGCCGCAUUCACAAACGUCGUCGUCCUCUCCUCCGGAAGCAGCGCCAGCACCCGCCUGACCCGCGCCCACGCAACCAGCACCGC